AUGACCUUCCCUGACUAUUAUGAGCCUAGUUCUAUUGCUGUUGAAUCUAAUAAUAAUACCAUUGAGGAGGAGGGUAUAUUUUUGACAUGGAAGGAUUUGCAUGUGAGUGUUCCAAGUGGAAAGAAAUAUGCAUAUGGUCGGAAACCAAUAUUGAAGGGCCUAACUGGCUAUGCCAAGCCAGCCCAACUCUUGGCUAUUAUGGGUCCUUCUGGCUGCGGCAAGUCCACCCUUCUUGAUGCCUUAGCUGGAAGAUUGGGUUCAAACACAAAGCAAACAGGGAAGAUUCUGAUUAAUGGUCGGAAAGAAGCACUCGCUUAUGGAACAUCGGCAUACGUAACACAUGAUGAUGCCGUAUUAGCAACACUGACAGUUGGAGAAGCAGUGAACUACUCAGCACAGCUUCAAUUUCCAAACUCAAUGUCGAAGAGAGAGAAGGAAGAGAGAGCAAUCUCUACAAUCACCCAAAUGGGUCUGCAAGAUGCCACCAACACAAUGAUUGGAGGGUGUUUGUCGAAAGGCCUCAGUGAAGGACAAAAGAGGAGACUCAGCAUUUGCAUUCAGAUUCUCACCAGCCCAAGUCUUCUCCUUCUUGAUGAACCAACUAGUGGACUUGAUAGUGCUGCUUCCUACUAUGUCAUGACUAGAAUUGCAAGUCUAAAGGCAAGAGAUGGCAUCAAAAGAACCAUUGUUGCAUCCAUUCAUCAACCUAGUAGUCAGCUUUUUCAACUCUUUCAAGACCUUUGCCUUCUCUCUUGCGGUGAGACUGUAUAUUUUGGCCCAACUUCUGCAGCUACAAAGUUUUUUGCUUCACGUGGCUUUCCUUGUCCACCUCUCCACAACCCUGCUGACCAUUUCUUGAGGAUCAUAAACAAGGAUUUCAAAAUGGUCGAAGAAGACUGUUUCCACAUAGGAAUGAAGAAUGAAGAUACCGUUAAGAUCCUUGUGAAGUUUUAUUCAUCAUGUAAAAUUAAUAAGCAAGUUCGGAAGGAAGUAGCAACAAUAUGUGAAAAAGAAUAUGGUUUUGUGGAGAGGAAAAGAAGACAAGCUUCGUUUAUAACUCAGUGCAACAUUCUUUUGAGAAGAUCUUCGCUACACUUAUUUCGUGAUGUAAGCAAUUACUGGUUACGCAUAGCAAUCUUUACCAUAGCAGCUGUAAGUCUGGGCACUAUCUUCUUAGAUGUCACUUCAAGUGAUGCAUCAAUUCAGGCUAGAGGAUCUCUGGUCUCUUUUGUUGCAUCAGUCCUAACUUUCAUAACCCUUCUUGGUGGAUUCCCCCCAUUUGUGGAGCAAAUGAAGGUAAAGAAUUGCUCUCAAACAAUGUAGUUUAAAAUUGAUUUAAUUCCUAGUUUAGGAUGUAUUGGUGGAUGUUUUAGAUAGAAUAUGUAAAUUGAACCUGUUAUACUAGAGAAUUCAAUUCAAUCAAUUAAUGUAAGCAUAAC